CCUCUCUCGUCACCAAAAGCAAGUGGCACCGGAUAGGUUCUGAAAUGUGACAAUUGGCCAUUGACUGCUAUCUCACUCAAGCUUCAAGCUUGCUGACUGCGCAUCUCAGACCCGAAACUUGUGAGGAUAUUGCAGUACUUGUGUCAUGCGGCGGAAUUAAUCGCUUAUCGGUCACUUAUCUCUUCCAUGUUGGUCGCUAUCCGUCGCCACUGCGAUCUUGUGAAAGCGACCUUCCAUUUGAAGUCCAAGCCCUUCAAGAUCACUAGAGCCAACUUCCUCCUUACGAUGGGUGCAACCUCAAAUGCAACUGCUCGCUUGCAGACUGUCAGAACUUCACGGAGUGGGGCUCGAAAGCAGCGUGCAAAGGCAACAACAAGCACAUCCGCGGUCUCGAAAAGGAAGCGAACUGCUGAUGAGGAGGAAACAAUAACAACGACGACCACGACCACUACCACCACUAGAAGAUUGCAAAAGGCUGUUUCUGACACCACCAAUUUACCCAAACUCAGGGAUGUUGGUCGUACCGAGCAGUCCUCCACUCGCCCGGGAAAAAAGCCCAGGGCGCAAGCGCCCAGUGAAGAGCGUCGAGAGCGUAGAUUCAGGCCCCAUGCCCCGGUAUCCUUCAAAGAGAGGGCUGCACGUGCAAUGAGUCAACGCAUGUUUAUUGUUGGGCAUACCGUCAAUCUCGUAGACGGAGUUCUGAUUAUGAGCUUCGACAUUGUCGGGACCACUGGCAACAUCUACAAAACCACUAUUGGGAAGGUGCCAACCUGCGACUGUCCAGAUGCACGCAAGGGUAAUCAAUGCAAGCAUAUCUGUUAUGUGUUGAUCAACGCCCUCAAAGCGCCGGCGGACCUUCAGUACCAGCUGGCAUUUCUAUCAUCGGAACUGCGGGCGAUAUACAACGGUUCCCCGCUCAGCAAAGAGCAAUCCACAGAGGACAACGCUGGCAACAGAAAACCGAUCGAGGGAGACUGUCCAAUAUGCUUCAUGGAAUUCGAGCCCCAAAGAGAGGACAUUGUGUGGUGUCGAGCUGCAUGCGGGAACAACAUUCACAAGGCUUGCUUUCAGCAAUGGGCUGCCACCCAGCAGGCACAGGGUGUCAGAUGUGUCUAUUGUCGUUCACCCUGGCAGCCGGAUACCGAAAAUGUGAAUGUGGAGGAGCUCUCCCGCCAAGGCAAAUUCAGUCGGGAUGGAUAUGUCAAUGUGGCACAGCACUUUGGUCUCUCAGGCCGUCGCGGUACGAAGCUCUCAUUCAGAAACGCCAUUUGUCGUUACUUAGCAUACAUGCGAAGAGUAACCAAUACUGACAGACUGACUCUGAUUAGACGUUUCAAGCUACCAUCCUUUCUGGGUGCGCCGACAGCAGCACCAGCACGAGGACGACUGGGAUUACGAUGACUAUUGAUGAGGUCAUGGCAAGAGCUGAGUCUAUUGUACGCUGGCUUCAAGGCGUGUUCUUCACUUCUUCUGCCGUCUGGCACGGUCAUAAUUCUGCAUUAAAAAACUUGCUUUCGGUUAGCGGGGAGGAUUUUGAGAGUCAGCUGUUGCAUGCUAGUCUCAGGCUAUCUGGCUGGAAUGGUCUGAACCCCAACUCUCAUCCGGUCAUUUCCAUGGCCAUUGUUAUCAUUAUGCUUAAUGAAUAUGAG